AUAGGCUUUUCGUCCUUAUCCCCCGAGACCGCGGCGGCUUUCGAGGAACUCACGGAGGCUGUUAUUAGGGAUUAUGUCCGGUAGUACCUCUAUCACCUCGGGAGGGCUAGAGCUGACGUUCCGACAGAUACUGGUACACGCCGAUUCUGCCGAAUGAUGAGAAAUUCCCGGGUUCCUGUCGGCAGUUACUUACCCGGACCCUGCUUAACAUGCACGGACACAUCUCCAGCAAGCGGCCUACGGAUACCUUUCUACUUUUCUUAGUAUCUACUUCCAAUAUCUUCAUCGUCUUCUUUCGCGAACUGGCUCAGACUGCGCAGACCUCAAUUGGAACCUACAUCGAAGAAUGCCCCUCGUCAGCGUUAGCGCAGUUGGUAGACCGGGAAAGCCAGAGGAGAAAGCUACGCAUGGCAGCGGAGGAUAUUCUUCAGACAUUUCUUCCUGCGGAAGCGGUCGAUUGCACUCCCAUGCGGACUUUUCUGACAGAGGUAUUGGCUGGUGCGGUAUUAGAGAGGACGGUAGAAAAGUGCUCAAGCGCUGACUUCAUUAAUGGUUGGAUAAUUUACUUAUUGGAGGCGGAGACACAGCCAGAUAUAUUACAGAAGAUAGAUAUCGGUGCAGUCGAGGGCUCGGAUGAAGGUGCCGCUGCGGCCGAACAGCUCGCGAAGCGGAAGCGGCUGAGCAGAGCAGAGGAGGAAAUGGAGAAAGCGAUGAAGGAGGCACAGGAAUUAUCAAUGAUGAUUGCCGAGGAUGAAGCGAGAGCGGUGCGGGACCCCGUGGAC